CCGCCCACCCUUCCACCCCCUCACUGAGCCAGUUUCCUGUAGUGGCUGCUCGGAGCGAACAGGAAGAGCUUGUGGUCUGAGCAAUGCAGGCUCAGGUGAGACAGAACUUCCACCCAGACAGCGAGGCUGCCAUCAACAAACUUAUCAGCAUCAAGUACUACACCUCAUACGUCUACCUGGCCAUGUCUUUUUAUUUCGAACGGGAUGAUGUUGCACUGGAGAGCUUUGCAAAGUAUUUCCAUGAACUGUCAGAACUGCUGCGUAAAAAUGCUGAGGAGCUGAUCAACUACCAGAAGCUCAGAGGAGGUCGAGUCCAGCUGGAAAAUAUUGAGAAACCAGAAAGGCGAGAAUGGACAAAUGGGCUGGAUGCCAUUCAGUUUGCGCUCGAACUGCAGAAAACUAUCAACAAGUGUCUCCUUGAACUUCAUCACCUGGCCUCCAAUAAACACGAUCCUCAGACCUGUUGCCUUUCUCACAGCUCCAUUCAGCACAGAAUCCCUACAGUGUGGAAGCAGGUCAUUUGGCCCAUCAGGUCCAAACUGACCUUUUGAAGAUCAUCUCACUCAGAACCACCCCAUCCCUACAACCUUGCACUUCCCAUUGGCUAACCCAGCUAGUCUACAUAUCCUUGGACACUACAGGAUAAUUUCACACAGCCAAACCCCUAACCUGAGCGUCUUUGGACUGUGGGAAGAAACUGGAGGACCCAGAUUGUGCAAAUUUCACACAGACUGGUCACCCACAAGUGGGAUCGAGCUAGGGACCCUGGUGCUGUGAGGCAGCAGUGUUAACAACGAAGCCACCUUGCCACACUAUGCUGUGAGCUGUUCCUCAGAAAUCAGAAGUCACACAACACCAGGCUAUAGUCCAAAAGGUUUAUUUGAAAUCACAAGGUUUUGGAGCGAUGCUCCUUUGUCAGCUGAAGACGUCUCUUCACCCAACAAAGGAGCAAUACUGCAAAAGCUUGCAUUUUCAAAUAAACCUGUUGGACUAUAACCUGGUGUCGUGUGACUCCUGACUGUGUUCACUCCAGUCCAACCUCCAGAAGACUGCUGAGUUCAAUUCCUAUAAUGAUUUCCUCCUCUGGGGAGCAAGCACGUGAAUCCGAAUAAAACCAAUGCCGCAGGUUCGAUUCCUGUCCAUCAGAGGUGGAUUUGGAGCUGGCUCCUCACUCUGUCCCUGAAAAAGGAAGGUGAAAACUGUGAAAGAAGUAGCUCAGGGUGAGGCAUUGGGAGACAAUGAGCCAAGGUCCUGACUUCAGGCUCGGUGCACAUUGUAAAUAGAUAUUCCCACGCUGAUGUUCAUUUAUUACGAGAGAAUUGAAUACAAAGGUAGGGAUUUUCUGCCUCAGUGAUACAAGACAUUGGUGCUCCUUGUAAGCCCCGCAUGUGCACCAGUUUAUGUGUAUAAUAUUUGAAGGAAUGCUGGAGGGCACGGGGAGACGAUGACCUAGUGGUAUUAUUGUCGGACUGUUAAUCUAGAAACCCAGAUAAUAUUCAGGGCACCUGGGUUCAAAUCCUGCCUUGGCAGAUGAUGGAAUUUGAAUUCAAUAAAAUAUCUGGAAUUAAGAGUCUAAAGAUGGAUGUGGGGGUCAGGGUAAGGUGGAAAUUUUACUCAGUCAGGUGUAGCCCUGGGGUCUGUAAUCUCUGUCACUGUCCCUUGUGAAAGCAGUGUCUUUGAAAACUGCAGAGAUACGUAGGUUCAUGAUAAACAAUGGGUUUGGGGGUGUUGGAGGGUGAAAGAUGAUCUUGAACAUGAGGGAAUGUGGAGCAAUAUGAUCAGCCGAGAUCUUAUCGCAUGGAGGAGCAGGCUAGAGGGGCAGUAUGAGCAAGAAGUGUUAAAUGUUAAACCGUCCUUUACCAGGAACCAGUGUGUUCCAAGCGAUGGGCACUCUGUCCGCCUUCCCCAUUCUCCUCCAGGCUGCCACUCUUCACCCAGCUGUGAACAUACAGCCACAGGGAGCAGCAAGGGAGCAUCGCUGGCUCAGUGGUUAGCACUGCUGCCUCACAGUGACAGGGACCUGGGUUCAAUUCCACCCUCAGGCAACCAUCUGUGUGGAGUUUGCACAUUCUCCCUGUGUCUGCGUGGGUUUCCUUCCCUCCAGUCCAAGGAUAUACAGGUUAGGUGGAUUGGCCAUUGUGUACAGGGUAGUCUGGGGCGGGAUCCCAAUUAGGGGAGUAAGAGUGGGGAUGGGAUGGGAAAUGUCCCUUGUCUGAAGGAAGAAAGAAAAUCCAAAGUCCUCAAGGUACAAUAAAACAUUCCAGGAAAUGAUCA